CUUCUGGUCGCUGCGGCGGAAUAUCUCUCAGAUAAGGAAGGAGCUUCCAGAGUGAUCUACGCCACACUGGUGGUCAGGAUCAACUGAAGAGCAUCUAUGUCCCUCAGAAGAUGUGUGGUGGUACAGCAAAAGCUACAAGCUGGCCACUGGGCCAACAGGAGCCAGCCAGAUGUGUGAUCGAUGCCACUUCUGGUGCUGGCAGGAUUUUCAAGACACUCGCACGUGCGAAGAUUCCCAAGCGUGCCAGAGGAGGAAGGGGCACGGAGUCCGCAGUGCUAGACCACAGUUGGUCCUGUUCGGAAUUUGACCUGAGUGACAUCCGCCUGCUAGUGUACCAGGACUGUGAGAGGAGAGGCAGGCAAGUCAUGUUUGAUUCCAGAGCUGUUCAGAAGAUGGAAGAGGCGGCAGCUCAGAAAGCAGAGGAUGUCCUUAUUAAGCCAUCAGCCAGGUGCUGUCAGGAGAGCGGCGGUGUCAGCAGCAGCAGCAGCAGCAGCAGCUCGUCCCAUAGCUCUGGAGGACCCUUACCGCAGGCUAAGGAGCAGCUCCCAAAGUACCAAUAUACAAGACCAGCAUCUGAUGUCAACAUGCUUGGAGAAAUGAUGUUCGGCUCUGUGGCAAUGAGUUACAAAGGCUCCACUCUGAAGAUACACUACAUCCGUUCUCCUCCACAACUGAUGAUUAGUAAAGUCUUUUCUGCUAGAAUGGGUAGCUUCUGUGGAAGUACAAAUAACCUACAGGACAGCUUCGAAUACAUCAACCAAGAUCCUCAGGUUGGAAAACUGAACACAAGCCAGAGCAGUUUGGGUCCUUGUCGCACUGGAAGUAAUCUAGGUUUGCUCCAGGCGUGCAGCGGCAAACUGCUGCAGGGGCUGUCCGAAGGAGGGCCGCUCCGGCUCACCCGGAGCGCUUCUUUCUUUGCAGCGCACAGCACCCCAGUUGAUAUGCCAAGCAGAGGGCAGAAUGAAGACAGGGACAGUGGCAUUGCUCGGUCAGCUUCGCUGAGCAGCCUUUUGAUCACACCCUUCCCAUCUCCGAGCUCCUCUACAUCCUCUUCUAGCAGCUACCAGCGCCGCUGGCUUAGAAGUCAGACAACCAGUUUGGAAAAUGGCAUCUUUCCAAGGAGGUCAACUGAUGAGACGUUUAGCUUGGCUGAAGAAACCUGUAGCUCUAAUCCAGCCAUCGUGAGAAGGAAGAAGAUCGCCAUCAGCAUCAUCUUUUCCUUGUGUGAGAGAGAGGCAGCACAGCGGAACUUCCAGGACUUCUUUUUCUCCCAUUUCCCCCUGUUUGAAUCUCACAUGAACAGGCUAAAGAGUGCAAUUGAGAAGGCCAUGAUCUCCUGUAGGAAGAUCGCAGAAUCAAGUCUCCGAGUCCAGUUUUAUGUGAGCCGUCUGAUGGAAGCACUGGGAGAAUUCAGGGGGACUAUCCGGAGCUUAUAUUCUGUUCCAAGGAUAGCUGAACCAGUAUGGCUUACCAUGAUGUCUAACACCUUGGAAAAAAACCAGCUCUGCCAGCGCUUUCUCAAGGAAUUUGUACUUCUGAUUGAACAAGUCAACAAAAACCAGUUUUUUGCUGCCUUACUAACUGCGGUGUUGACCUACCACCUGGCCUGGGUACCAACUGUCAUGCCUGUUGACCAUCCUCCCAUUAAAGCCUUCUCAGAGAAGCGUACCUCACAGUCAGUGAAUAUGCUGGCCAAAACACAUCCGUAUAAUCCUCUCUGGGCACAGCUGGGUGACCUUUAUGGAGCUAUAGGCUCUCCAGUGAGACUGACUCGCACCGUGGUGAUUGGGAAGCAGAAGGAUUUGGUCCAGCGCAUCCUUUAUGUUCUGACAUACUUUCUCCGUUGCUCGGAACUGCAAGAGAAUCAGCUGACCUGGAGUGGGAAUCCUAGUGAGGAUGACCAAGUUAUAAAUGGGAGCAAGAUUGUAACAGCCUUGGAAAAAGGAGAGGUGGAGGAGUCUGAGUAUGUGGUGGUUACCGUGAGAAAUGAGCCUGCUCUUGUGCCGCCAAUCUUACCACCAGGGGCAGCUGAGAGGAGCAGCCCUGAGCCUACAGGAGUAGCUGAGAUCCCAGAGGGCAGUGGUACUAGUGAUCUGGGUCACAGACCUCAGAAAAGCAGAUGCAAGAGGCCAGAGCAGGAUUCUGAGACCGGUAGCAUGGGGCUCCAGGAGGCAGAACCUGACAGUCUGUGGGCACCUCAAGGCAUAUUCUGUGAGGACAAAGAGAAUGACCAAGAGGCAGCCCAGGAUGACUCUUCAAGACCUCCCAGCUGUGAGGCUCCCAGAGUAAGAAUAAAGGUGGACCAACAAACUGCCCAUGAGGAGCCGCAUGGGGAGAUGGUAAAGAAGCCGGCAGACCGGUCAGUGGCCUGGUCCUGCCCUGACAGACAUUCCCAGGAGGAGCCUCCUGUUGAAAAGGUCACUUUCCAUAUUGGAAGUUCCGUCUCUCCAGAGUCUGACUUUGAAAGCCGGGCCAAGAAAAUGGAGGAACGGUUAAAGUCCUGUGGACAAUUUCAUGAGGCCAGUGGCUCUGCCAUGUCUAGUGUGAACAGUGGCCUGACUCAAGACCAGCAGGACUCUAUGGGCUUGCAAGCUGAUUCUCAGAAGGACAUCACCCUCCCUCAGGACCACUCUUCAAGGGGAGAAAGUGUCUCUGAGGACAGAGGCCUCCGAGCCAGCAUCGUGGCCCGUGCUGUGGGACAACUUAGCCAAGUUGAUGGCCCCCUUGCACCUCCCAGCUGUGCAGCAGGCAGUAGCCGGACACCACCGGAACAGACUAGAGAUUUGCAAUUCGAAGGCAAGACAGGGCCUUCAUCAGAGCCUGUUCCAAACAGAUGUAGACAGCAGGGUGGCCUGCUGGACGCUGCAGAUGUCCCCUAUGGGGAUGCCAGUGAUAAGGACAACUACAGGAUAGAAGGAGACAUUCCCAGGAAUGAGAGCUUGGACAGUGCUCUUGGAGACAGUGACGAUGAAGCAUGCCUUUUAGCCCUGCUGGAACUAGGUCACAGUUGUGACAGGACGGAAGGGUCCUUGGAAGUGGAGCUGCCUCUGCCAAGGUCUCAGAGCACCAGCAAGCCAAACAUUAGGAAUUUUGCCCGCUCACUUUUGGCGGGCUACUGCGCCACGUAUAUGCCCGAUUUGGUGCUGCACGGAGCCAGCAGCGACGAGAAGCUGAAGCAGUGCCUGGCAGCUGAUCUGCUCCACACGGUGCAUCAUCCAGUGCUUGAUGAGCCCAUAGCCGAAGCUGUCUGUAUCAUUGCAGACACGGACAAAUGGACUGUCCAGGUGGCCACGAGUCAGAGGAAAGUGAUGGACACCAUGAAGCUGGGCCAAGAUGUCUUGGUCUCUAAUCAGGUGUCUAGUUUACUUCAGUCCAUCUUGCAGCUCUAUAAGCUUCAACUCCCUGCCGAUUUUUGCAUCAUGCACCUGGAAGACAGACUACAGGAGAUGUACCUUAAAAGUAAAAUGCUCUCAGAGUAUCUCCGAGGACACACACGUGUGCACGUGAAAGAACUGAGUGUGGUGCUGGGGAUUGAAUCCAACGACCUGCCUCUGCUGACCGCGAUUGCCAGUACCCAUUCUCCUUAUGUGGCACAAAUCCUCUUAUAACCGACUGUAGGGCAGUUCUCACUGGAAGAUGAAACACAGAGGAGGACGCUCUCAGUGACAGCAAAGGCAUGAGAACUCGGAGCACUCACCCACAUUGUUUGUGUGGCUGCUGCCUAGUGACUGUUCCAUUGGAAGGCUUGUGUUUACUCCAUACAGUUUGUGACUGAUCAGGAGCACUCUGAGCCUUUGUUUCCCAGGAAUCAAAAGGAAGUGAGCUUUCUGGCGGGAGGGAAACAUAAGCAGUACAGUCAUACCAAGCAGCUGCCCUCAUACUGUUGGGCAG